AUGAAGCUAUCACCGGGAGGCCUGAUGUCCAAGUGGAACAUCUUUGGCGGCUGGCAGGGACGGCAGCAGCAGCAACAGCAGCAGCAGCACAUACAGUUGGGAAAGCCUCCAGGUGGGGUUUCGGUCGAGCCGCCGCCGCCGCAGCAGCAGCAACAGCAGCAGCAGCAGCAGCAGGCGCGGACGCCGGGCGGCCACCCGUUCUCCGCACUGCCCACCCUGGGAUCAGCACCCGUCGCGUCGGGCCCCGGCCGGCCGGCCGCCCGCGCCGGCAAAGGCGCGGCCGCUUCCGCCGGGGGCCUCAGCGGCGUCGCCGCCCGCGCCGGGCGGAUCGCUGUCCCCGAGGACUUUGACUGGCGCGCCUACCUGCUCCGCUACUCGGACCUCCGCAACAGCAACAUACGCACCCGGGACGCGGCGGUGUUCCACUACGUCGACAAUGGCUACAGCGAGCAGCGCAGCUACCAGCGGGUGCCCGUCCUGCUGCGCUACACGGCCUGCCAGGGCCUUUUCAAUCAGAUGUACGCGCACCUGAACGCGCUGGUGCUGGCGGACUACCUGGGCGCCGACGUGGUGCUGCCGCCGAGCGUGUACAGGGAAUCAUUUUCCAAGUACUUCACGAUGACUGAGAUCGAGAAGAACGAGGUGAAGUGGACCCCGACAGACACCGACGCUCUGCUGGAUGUCGACGCGCUGCAGCGGUUCUACGCCCAGAAAGGUGAGCGCGGUGUGGCGCCAUGGGGUCUUUUCUUGCGGAUCAUGGCCAAGCACCAGGAGCUGGUGGACGCGGGGUGGCCCCACAACACCACUGUCGUCCUGGACCUGCCCUGCCCCUUCCUCUCCAUCAUGACCCUCACCUGCAUGGAGAGCGCCCAGGAGGCCGCCACCGCCCUCAAGUUCAACCGCACGAUCGUCCAGAUGGCGCGCACGGUCAUCAACGGCAUGCGCACCGCGGGCAUCUCGCACUACAACGGCGCCCACCUGCGGCUGGAGAAGGACGCGGUGGACUGGGCGCGGAUACUUGGGGGGCUGCGGAAAUAUCUCGCGGAGUACGCAAAGUCGUUUGCGGCGGCGGGGUUCACCACGGCCAAAGACCUGUACAUAGCCAGCGGCCUGCUGUCGUACGACGCGAGCGAGGAGAUGCAGAACAUGCUCAAGUUCCUGCGGCCGCACAGCAAGACGGUGCAGUACAAGGAGCUGUACCUGCCGCCCCAGAUGCUCAAGGAGCUCAACCCCGAGCAGGAGGCGCUGGUGGACUUUCUCGUGCUGUCCAACAGCAACAACUUUGUGGGGCUGGGGUCGUCCACCUUCAGCGUUUACCUCAGGGAGUACCGUGUGCUGCUGGGCCACCCUCGGAUGGCAGACGUCUUCGUCGACACGUCGAAGAUUGGGACGGACGCGCUGUUCGAGCGCUGCACGCACUUUGCACCGCUGGACACGACCGCCACGGCGGCGAUGCCGCUGCAGCGGCAGGUGCUCUAG